GGUACCUCUACGAGGCGCGGGAACUUGUGCCUUGUCCCAGGUCGUCACAGGUCCAUCAAAUCUACAUACGAAGGCCGCCCCGUCAUUUCCAGCAUUUCGCUUCUUCAACUUCCAUUCCUCUUCCCACCCGUCUCCCUCAUGGGCCAUUCUUUACUCGUCCAUGAUGUUACUCGCGUCGGGUAGUCCAUCGCCGGUCCUCUCGGAGAUCUUCGCUGUCCUCGCACUCCUCGUUCUCUCCCUGGUCGUCCUCCUAAUUCUGCGCCAUUACCUCCCGCUGCGAAAGACGCCAGCCUAUUUGUUGGUGCCCGUCUUCUUUGCGCUAUGGCUACCCGCAACCAUCGUGCUGCUCGUCCCUAUCGAUCUCGCCUCCAAUGCGAGCACCGACGAUGAGGCCACGAAAGGCAUCUGGCUCCCACCGAGAGCGUUGUUGGUGUCGUGGCGGAUCUCAUACUGGUUGACCUUCGUUCUGACUUGGUUCAUAUUGCCCAUACUUGCCGAGUAUUCCGAUGCCGGUUACCGAGAGUCCAAAGACCGAAUUCUUUAUUCGUUGCGCUCCAACGCCCAAUAUUAUGCCAUCGUGUUCGGUUCAGCCACUCUCGGGCUCGUGUAUUUCUUCAUAUCCCGCGGCCCUACGUUUAUGUCGCUCAAGGGCUUGAUAAUGGCCCUUUCAUACUGUUGGGGAUUAGCCUUAGCCAUCUACCUCAUGGGCCACGGUCUCGUCGCGAUCCCCCGGGGUUUAAUCAGGAAUGCUAGAGCAAGUCAUCGACUGCGACUGCUUCAGAGUCAGGCGCCCAGACUGUACGAGAAGAUGGAGGAUGCCCUCCUUAAUCUUGAAGAUCUAGAGGUUCAAGUAUCGGAACUGAGCAAGCGUAAAACGGGGAGCGCUCGGGAUUUCCGGGACUGGAUCGAGGAGCUGUCAGAGAUAUGCAAUAUCCCCGAAUCCCGACCGAGGAACGUCCUACCUCGAGCCGACAACGACAACCGCAUAGUUCCCAUAGUUAUUACCGAGAAGUACUUGGCAGAUCUCACCCGCCAACUUACACGGGCGAGACAUGCUAAGUCACGAUACCUCGACGAAUGGGAUUGUCUCCUUCGCGAUGCUUCCAAGGCGCAAGCGGUUCUAGAUUCCGCGGCAUCGAAGAAGCUCGAGCUAGGUUCAAGCUCGCCGAACUCCUCCCUUUGGGAGAAGGCGACUGUCCUCACUCCCUAUAUGCGAUACCUCCUUCAUUACCACGUCAUUCCCUAUCUGCGUGUCUUCCUCGGAGGCUUUCUCGCGCUGGCGUCGAUGUGUAUCAUAUGGUCCGAGUUGGUUAAGGCGGCCCUACCGUCAUUGUCUGUCAUCCGAUUCACCGUAGUGCACCACUGGACAGGUGAGGGUGGUCGUGUUGGUUUCGCCGGUCAGCUUACUGCCGCGCUCUGGAUAAUGUACAUGUGCGCUGCGGCUCUCUAUUCGGUAACUGAGGUAAAGGUGUGGCGUGGUCGCUCUCUAGUUCGACGAAACACCGCCCAUGAAUCUGCCUUCUGGUACGCCGGCCAGGUCGCGAAAUUAACCGUCCCGCUCUCUUACAAUUUCGUCACGUUUCUGUCUCGUCAAAUAUAUCAGGAGACGACCUUUUAUGGCAUCCUUGGUCAGUACGUCGACUUUACUUCGCUGGGGAAAUGGUUCGACUAUUUAUUCCCCGCUUUCGUCCUGGUCCCCGUGUUCGCGACACUAUUCGGUCUAUAUGGCAAGGUCAAGCGGUUCUUCGGAUUUGGCGUCGACGUCGUCGACGAGGAUGAAGACCAGGCUAGUUACGGUACUGGCUCCUGGCGUGAGGGCAGGGACUUGAUUGAGCGCGAACUGAAUGGGACAUCGAUCUCCCGGCGGUUAGACCAAGCUGCGUCAAGGUCAAGGGGCACCGACAGUUCUCAUGCACGUGCUGUUCCCAUCUUGACAGUGCCGGCGGCCAGGAACGGGGGCACUCAGACACCCUUCGCUACAUCGCCUUCGUACCGAGACCCCCCCAGCGCAAGAGUAACACCGUCCUCCCGGUCCCAAGUUGUAGAUUCGGAACCGGAGGAGCAGAAUUUCUUCACAAACCUGGGCCAUAGGGUUAAGAACACGUUCGACACCAUCGAUCCCCCGAAGUGGUUCCGGGACAUCGGGGAUGGCAUGAAGAGGCCAAGAUGGAUGGGUGGUAGUGACGAUGUAGCAGAGAGCAGUACCAGAGCAGGUCGAAGCGAUUCUGAUAUACGACGGUGGUUUGGAGGGGACGGCAGGAUAAGAUUAUAGGUUGACAUCCGUUAGUACUAAUUAGUAAAAUUAAUAUUGGGAUCUUGAGCUCUCGAAGACGUUUUCUUAAGUCUAUGCGCUGUUAAACUUGGUGGAGAUGCCUAGGUUGCCCGGCUGUUUACACCUAGUCUGUGUUCAUCAUAUGUCACGUACGG